AUGGGUCUUGAACGGGCCGUGCGUGGCCCGGCCCGGGACAUCAACUCCCCACAGGUUGAUAGAGACCCCGCCUGGACCCGAACAGAGCCGCGAGCCGUGUCCCAGGCCCUCACGGCCAGCUCCAAGUCGAACGCUUCUGGCGGCCUGGCAGUUGAUGUUAACAACAUCCGCGGCCGCGGCCGGGAGGCACGCUUCGACAUGACCUCUGUCAGCUUUCUUUGCUGGCUCCUGGCAUGGGCGGGCGACAGCACCCGCUGCGACUUCAAGGAGGUCGUUGCCGUGCUUGACCACGGCCAGCGCCCCGGGGCCUACGACCUGGGUGCCGCCUCGGUGGCCUUUGCCGGGCCGAGGAGGACCGCGGAUGACCUGAUCUGCCUUUUGGCAAGGCGUCUCGCACUCAAGCACCUGGUGGUGGUGGCCACCAGUGACCGUCUCUUGAGGAAGAGAGCACGAUCCUCGCCGGAGUCGCCAAAGCAGCAGCUUCGCCGGAUCCGCCACGAACAGGUUGGAGGAUCUCGAGGAUUCGCGACGUGGGUUUCAUCGACGCUUGUCGUGGCAUAA